AUGGAUUUGGCAGCAGAGAUAGGAAGAAGCGUGAGGACCUCUUUUCAUCAACAUGCAUCGAGUUUCAGGAGCACUUCAGACGUCAGAUCCAUCAACGACAACAACGACGACGAAACUGAGUUGCAGUGGGCUGCAAUCCAACGGUUGCCCACAUUUGAACGACUUACUGAUGAGCAAGAUAACAAUGGAGGAGGUACUAUUACUAAGAGGGUGGUUGAUGUCACAAAGCUAGGAGCUCUCGAACGCCACGUGUUCAUUGAGAAACUUGUCAAGGAUAUUGAGGGAUAUAACCGCCGUCUGUUGCAGAAACUCAAACAAAGAAUAGACAGGGUGGGAUUGCAAUUACCGACUGUGGAAGUUGGAUACCAAAAUUUGGUUGUAGAGGCAGAAUGCGAAGUGGUUCAAGGAAAACCCAUCCCAACGCUAUGGACCGCCCUCAAAAGCAUACUCUGUGGUAUAACACAGAUAAUUGGUUGCAAGCCUCAAGCAUACAAAUUAGAGAUUCUCAAAGGUGUCAGUGGCAUCAUCAAGCCAUCAAGGAUGACUCUAUUGCUUGGCCCUCCAGGCUGUGGGAAGACCACUUUCUUACAGGCACUUGCUGGGAAACUUAACCACUCUCUCAAGGUCCGAGGAGAAAUUACCUACAAUGGUUACAAGUUCAAUGAGUUUGUUCCUCAGAAGACAUCAGCUUAUAUAAGUCAAUAUGACUUGCACAUUCCUGAGCUGACUGUGAGGGAAGCACUCGACUUCUCAGCACGUUGCCAGGGUAUUGGAAACAGAGCAGAUAUAAUGAAAGAAGUCAGCAGAAGGGAGAAGCAAUCAGGAAUUGUCCCAGAACCAGACAUUGACACUUAUAUGAAGGCCAUUUCAAUUGAAGGGUUGAAAAACUCCCUCCAGACUGACUAUAUAAUGAAGAUUCUUGGGCUAGACAUUUGUGCUGAUACAAUCGUAGGCGACGCAAUGCAAAGAGGAAUUUCGGGUGGUCAGAAGAAAAGACUGACAACAGGGGAAAUGAUGAUUGGUCCAGCAAGAGCUUUCUUCAUGGAUGAGAUAUCAACAGGCUUAGAUAGUUCCACUACCCUUCAGAUUGUUACUUGUUUGCAGCAACUGACACACGUAACAGACUCCACCAUUUUGGUAUCACUUCUUCAGCCAACACCGGAGACCUUCGCUCUCUUUGAUGACAUUAUCUUGAUAGGAAAAGUUGUGUAUCAUGGGCCUUGCAAUAAUGUUGCAGAGUUCUUUGAGCAGUGUGGUUUUCGCAGCCCACCGAGAAAAGGCAUUUCUGACUUCCUGCAAGAGGUGGUUUCUCGAAAGGAUCAGGCAAAGUACUGGUACCAUGAAGACCAACCCUACAGUUAUGUUACAGUUGACAAGUUUGUAAAUAUGUUCAAGGAUUUUCAUGUCGGAAAGAAGCUAGAUGAGGAACUUCGCAAGCCUUUUGACAAAUCUGAGUGCCACAAAGAUGCUUUAUCAUUCAACAUCUACUCAUUAAGAAAAUGGGAACUAUUAAAAGCAUGUACUGCUAGAGAAUGGCUUCUUAUGAAGCGCAACUCGUUUGUUCAUGUGUUCAAGUCGGCACAGCUUGUCGUCGUUGCGCUAGUAACAAUGACAGUUUUUUCACGUACAUGGAUGAAUAUUGACGAUGUCCAUGCAAAGUACUACAUGGCUUCUUUGUUCUAUGCUCUCAUUAGACUGAUGAGCAAUGGGAUUGCAGAGUUAUCAAUGACUGUCUCCAGACUUGCAGUCUUCUACAAGCAAAGAGAUUUCUACUUUAAUCCUGCAUGGGCUUAUUCCAUUCCAGCUACCAUUCUAAAGAUUCCAUUUUCAUUGCUAGAUGCUUUUCUUUGGACAUCCCUUACUUAUUAUGUCAUUGGUUACAGUCCUGAGCCCGAAAGGUUCUUCAAGCAAAUCAUUAUUCUAUUCCUUGUGCAUCAAGUAUCAAUAUCAUUUUUUCGUCUGAUCGCAUCCUUGGUUCGAACUCCCUCUGUAGCAGCAACCAUUGGUCUUUUCUCCUUAAUAGUAAUGUUUCUAUUUGGUGGCUUCAUAAUUCCAAAAUCUUCCUUGCCUACUUGGUUGGAGUGGGGCUUUUGGCUUUCUCCACUAACAUAUGGAGAAAUAAGUGCUUCAGUAAAUGAAUUUCAUGCUCCAAGGUGGCAAAAGGUUUUAUCUUCAAAUGUCACUAUAGGCCAGCGAGUUCUGGGAAACCGUGGUCUCAAUUUCAGUGACAGCUUUUAUUGGAUAUCAAUAGGAGCUUUACUUGGAUUUUGGAUGGUUUUCAACAUUGGGUUCACCUGUGCACUCAGUUAUUUAAAAUGCAUGGUCUUACCCUUUGAGCCCAUAAGUAUAUCAUUUCAGAAUGUGCAAUACUUUGUUGAUACACCCAAGAAAAUGAGAGAGCAAGGUUUUCCUCCACAACGACUACAGCUUCUUCAAGACAUAACUGGUGCAUUUAGACCUGGAAUUCUUACAGCUUUGAUGGGAGUUAGUGGAGCUGGAAAAACAACACUGAUGGAUGUCCUUUCUGGAAGAAAAACUGGUGGAAGUAUUGAAGGAGACAUUAGAAUUGGAGGGUACCCAAAAGUACAAGAAACAUAUGCCAGAAUAUCUGGGUAUUGUGAACAAAGUGACAUACAUUCUCCACAGAUUACAGUAGGAGAAUCUGUACAAUACUCGGCUUGGUUACGCUUGCCAGCGCAGAUUGAUAGACAUACAAGAUCUCAAUUUGUGAAAGAAGUUCUUCAAAUGAUAGAGCUUGAUGAAAUCAAAGACGAAUUAGUUGGCAUAUCUGGUGGUAGUGGUAUAUCUGCAGAGCAACGCAAAAGGCUGACAAUAGCAGUAGAGCUUGUUUCAAAUCCAUCCAUAAUAUUCAUGGACGAACCGACCUCUGGUUUAGAUGCCAGAGCAGCUGCUAUAGUUAUGAGAGCUGUGAAAAAUAUUGUCAGUACAAGGAGGACUGUUGUAUGCACAAUUCACCAGCCAAGUAUUGACAUAUUUGAAGCAUUCGAUGAGCUUAUUUUGAUGAAAAGAGGAGGACAAAUAAUAUACUACGGAGAGCUAGGCCAAAAUUCAAGUAAGCUUAUUGAAUACUUUGAGGGUAUUCCCGGGGUUCCGAAAAUUAAAGAGAAUUACAACCCAGCAACAUGGAUGUUAGAGGUCACCGGUCUUUCUGCAGAAGCUCAAAUUGCCAUAGAUUUUGCUCAUAUCUAUAGAGGAUCACAUCUAUGCCAGAAGAACAACGAACUAGUUAGAGAACUCAGCUUUCCAGAACAAGGCUCAAAGGAAUUACAUUUUUCUACUCGCUUUCCACAAAAUGGAUGGGAGCAAUUCAAAGCAUGCCUAUGGAAGCGGCAUCUCUCCUACUGGAGAAGUCCGAGAUAUAACCUGGGGAGAUUGAUAUUUACUGCUGCAUGUUCUUUGUUAUUUGGAGCACUUCUUUGGCAGAAAGGACAGAAAAUAGAUGGCGAACAGGAAUUUUUCAACAUUCUAGGAUCAAUGUUUGUUUUACUUCAAUGCAUGGGAAUUGGCAAUUGUUCCUCUGUUUUACCAUUCAUAGCUACUGAGCGCAAUGUUGUAUACCGAGAAAGAUUUGCUGGAAUGUACUCGUCGUGGGCAUAUUCGUUUUCACAGGUGAUCAUAGAAAUUCCAUAUAUAUUGAUACAAGCAGCUUUGUUUUCGACAAUUACGUAUCCAGCCAUAGAUUUCCAAUGGUCACUCUACAAAGUAUUUUGGUAUUUCUAUGCUAUGUUUUCUACAUUCCUCUACUUCAAUUACUUCGGUAUGUUGCUUGUUUCUCUGACCCCAACUUAUCAAGUGGCUUCAGUAUUGGCAAGUUUCUGCUACACUAUGUUCAAUUUGUUCUCGGGUUUCCUCUUACCUGGACCAAAAAUUCCUGUAUGGUGGGUUUGGGGAUACUGGAUUUGCCCUCUUGCCUGGUCCUUAAAAGGUGCUCUCACUUCACAGUAUGGAGAUGUAGAGAAGGAAAUAGUAGUGCAUGGAGAGCAAAGGACAAUCAGUGCCUUCUUGGGAAGUAUUUAUGGGUACAACUAUGAUGAUCUAGGAGUUGUAGCAAUUGUUCUUCUUGCAUAUCCACUAGUUUUUGCACUUGUUUUUGCAUGUGCUACAGAAAAAAUAAACUUUCAGAGGAGGUAAUUAUGCCUUCCACCUGCUGAAGCUCUGUAAUGCAUAUAUGUAGUAUCCAAUUCAAUAAACUUCAACGUUGAGGACACGAUUGCCCCACAAUGGCCAUUUCAAAGUUUAUCCUAGUUAAUUUGAGGUUCUAGUAAGUUUUUUUUUUCUUUUCUUUUGGUCCUAAGUAGUUUCUUCCUUCCCACUAAAAAUCGGGCACAUAUUAUUCAACUGUAUCAAGCCAUCAGCAGUGUUCGAAAAAUCGGCCGAGGCGCUAGGCGGGCUCCUAGGCGCUAGGCAGGAGAACACCGCCACUAUAUCACCCUAAUCUAUGAGUGUGUCUCGA